CCUGUAUUCGUCAGAUUGCAGAUUUUCAUCUGUUAUCUGUCGAUAGUAGUAGAGCAGCGUGCAUGACGCGGGCGCAGUCCACUUAUUAGCACGCAGCUCUGCCUCAGUCUCUGACUAUGACUGGUCUCACGCCCGAGUCGCACAUACUGGGUUCUCGGGGCGAAGCGCCGGAAGCAGAGCCUAAAGAAUCUGUGAAAAACCUGCAGGAAGAGAAGAUCGACGACGCGAGCUCCAGUGUACUCUGCAGGAAAUGCGCUGCGCUUACUUACCAGUGCAUGCGUGUUUCGGAAGCAUCACCAGACGGCCAGCUGCAUCACGAGAAUUGGAAAAGCCUUGCAAGGGCUGCAAAUCUCGGUUGCCGUCUCUGCACCUUCUUCACUGUGGCUGCUCUCCAUCCCAAGUCGAAGCCAGGGCAUGCUUUCUAUCAAGAUCAAAAUGGGCCCAUACGUUUGAAGAUAGUAGAGACGUGGAAGGAGAAGGUAGUAUGUCUGCAUAUGUAUGUCCCACAAGACAGACAUCCAGCAGUAUACUACUUGUACCUCACUACAGAUGCUCCAGAUCAGAUACCGCAGUGCGAGAUCAAGAUGAGUGCUGCCGAGCGCGAUCGCCUAUCAAGUGUUGCGAUCAGCAAAAUGCAGAGGUGGGUACACGCUUGUGAGACUGAACACUCUUCGUGCAGACUUCAGACUAAAGCUGUACUUCCAACUCGUGUUGUAGAUGUCUCCUUGAUCGACAUGAAUGGAUUCAUACGCUUGGUUGAAGGACGUGAUUGCUCGCAAGCAGAAUACAUAGCACUCAGCCACUGCUGGGGGGAUAUGCCACCUAAUAGCCUCGACUUGCUUUCCAAAUGUGACAAGAGCAACAUUGAUACUUUGCGACGUGGUGUUCAUAUCGGUCGUCUUCCAAAGCUGUAUCAAGACGCUAUAUCUGUGACCAAAGCUCUGGGGAAACAGUACAUAUGGAUCGACUCCCUCUGUAUCGUUCAAGAUAGCAAGGACGAUUGGGCGAGCGAGUGCGAGCGAAUGUCUGAUGUAUACUCAAGAAGCUACCUGACGAUAUCCGCAAUGUCCUACGAAAACAACCUACAAGGUUUUCAAAACGUCCGUGACAAGGACGUACCACCUCACUGUUUUCUGUGCCCUCUGAUGGAUCAUCCAGGAACGUAUGUCUCUGUCCGUUCGAUGAUCGACCACGAGUCUAGGACAGACCAUCUAAAGACAAGAGGAUGGGCGUUCCAGGAGCUGCUACUUUCGCCGCGCGUACUCCACUUCACUACGACUGCUAUGGCGUUUGAAUGCGAUACAUGCACUGUCAUGGAACGUGGCCCUGGGAGCGACUCGCUUUUCGGUUACGAUCCAGGACGGAAAAGACUGGUGUAUGCCGCUGACAGACCGAACAUGAGAUACUACGAUCGAUGGCUUCAGAUUGUACAGUCGUACUCUCACCUGAAGCUCACGUAUAACAGUGAUCGCCUGCCUGCUUUGUCUGGAAUUGCAUGCCUACUAGCAUCGAAGACAGACGAUCAAUACGUGGCAGGACUGUGGAGAAAAGACAUAGCAGCAGGUCUGCUGUGGUACGUAUGGCCUUGCCAGCCACUAGGGUCUACCUACAUUGCUCCAACCUGGAGCUGGGCAUCUCCUCAUGCGGUAUGGACUUUUGAUCCCGCGCGCCGUCGCUUUCUCAAACUGGACGUCAUCGACGUCCACGCACAGCUCGCGAGCAGUAACCCAUAUGGCGAGAUCUCAUCUGCACACCUGGUUGUUUCUGGACCACUCAAGCAGUGCAUGACGAGUGAGUUUGUCAAGAAAGGGCAAAGGUUCUUUGUGCUCAAGGGCGACAAGUCUCUCGCCGUUCGAUUUGCGUUCGAUGCGGGUCGAGUCGACUAUCAUCGUUCAAAGGCUGUCUGGUGUCUGGACUGCACGACUGAUAAGACAUUGGACGUUAAAAUGGCACGUUUGUCCAAAAGAAGAGAGACCUUCCUCCGUCCUCAUGGUCUUAUCUUGGAGCGGAUUCGAGAGGAUGAGUCUGUAUACAAACGCGUGGGAGCCUUUGAGAUAUUUGAUGUGUCAAACGAAGACACAGGUUGGCACAGCACGGGCUUUGUGACCACAACUAUCACAAUCAUCUGAAUCAUAACGUAGCUGGACGUUUCGGUCACGCACAUAUGUGUUGGCUAAUAUGAAUCAGUUUCGAUAUGACGUGCAGGUGCAGCCAUGCACAUGAACUUUGCCGCAAGAGGC